AACCGCCAUUCAACUAUUAUUCAAGCUCCCCACCUCAAUUAUAUAUAUUUUCUCUCUUUUUCUUUUUUUAACCCAAACAAAACAAAAAUUUAAGGGAAUUAGAUUUCGGGUCAAACAAACCAAUCAAGAAAAAGCAGAGCAAAUGCUGCAACUGUUUUUCGCGGUGGCUUUCUCGGCGGUGCCGUUGACCCUCUACGUGCCGCCGAUUCGAAGCCUGAAUCUAUUCGUCGAGACAAUCGAAGAUAUGCUCCGACAGACAACCUUGUACACACUCAGGGCUUAUCCUCGUAUCCGCCUCGGGUUUUCUCGUAUCUUCGGCUCCAUUUUUCACUUGUCUAGUUUCAGCCAUACACAACUUGCUGGAAGCCCUAAUGUUGAGCAGAGGAAUUUGCUGGAGAAAUUCAAGGAUUGAUUGUUGAGAACAUUGCAUUUGGCAUCUUCACUUAUCGACUGUUUUGGAACUUACCAGAUUGUUAGGGUUUGAGGACAGCAAAUACAGUUAAAUCAUUGCAUUUAUGAUUUUGCUCAGUUGUAUUCCAGAACUAAAAGUACAGAACUUGACAACAUCACUUUGCCAUUACAACUGCUAUGGCAUAGAUAUUUUUAUAUAUUAUUCUCUUUUUAUUUUCUGCUUUCUUUUUUACUUAAAUAACGUUUGGUAUCUUUUGUACAAUCAUAUUUUUUUUUGUUCUUUGAUUAAUCCUAACUUACCAAACAUAGGCUAAAACUAAUCCAUCCAAAUGUUUUAUGAAUGAAUUGUCACCAGCCAUGUCUAUAUUGAACUAUACCACACAAUCACAAACAAACAAAAAAGGAUAUUUGAAAGAGAUAAUAGAGCUCCUUAAUUUGAAAGAUAAUGACAUAGAACUUAUCCAAUUUAUAAAAUGACUUGGGCCGAUUUGGAUGCAAUUUGGAUAAUGCUUUUACUUUUUUUUUUAAUUUUUUCUUUUAAUAGAAAAUAGACAGUAAAAAAUAAAAAAAAAUAACUGAG